GCCGGCGCGCCGCUCCUGGAGGAGGCGGCGAGGCGGGAGGAAGAGGAGGAGGAAGGCGGCGGGAGGCGGAGUUGCGGGCGAGCAGGGCCGAGCGCGGCAGUCGCGCCGGCGCGGGGCGAGGACGCGGAGCGGCCGCCGCCGGGACAUCACACUUGGAGACUAUGUUUGGGGAGCGGUGGCUAUUCCAUUGUCCUGGGGAGCCGACUCUCGCGUAGUAGAGAACGAGGAACACAGAGGACGAGACCACAGCUCUGCAGGCCUGGGAGCCGAAGGCGUCGGGCGUCAGAACCCUGCCGGCGUCACCAUGCCGUCCUGAAGCCUGCCACCAGACAGUGACUCCAGAGGGGAAAUGAAGCUAGAAAAACGCAUGGAUGCAGCCUCGCCUGCAGCCUGCCCAGAUGUUCGCGGAUAAUCUCCCCGAGAGAAAUUGAGCCCCUCGGAUCAGGUAGCUCGUCAGAAUGAAGAAGAUCAGCCUUAAGACCUUCCGGAAAUCUUUCAACUUGAGUAAGAGCAAAGAAGACGCGGAAUUCAUGGUAGUGCAACAGCCAGCACUAGCCGGUGACUUCGGCAAAGAGGAGUCCUUGUUCGGGAGCUGCUACGGGAAGGAGAUGGCCGGCUGCGAGCUGCACAGCGAGGACGAAAAGGGCGGCGGCGGCAAGAACCGGGCCAAGAGCGAGAGCCUCAUGGGCACGCUCAAGAGGCGGUUGAGCGCCAAGCAGAAGGCCAAGGGCAAGGGCGGCGCGGCGGCGGGGGGUGCGGCGGACGAGGACACGUUCUCGUCCUCGUCGGCGCCGCUGGUGUUCAAGGACGCGCGGGCGCCGCGGCCCAUGCGGUCCACGUCGCUGCGCAGCCACCACUACAGCCCCACGCCCUGGCCGCUGCGGCCCACCGCCUCGGAGGAGACGUGCAUCCGGAUGGAGGUGCGGGUCAAGGCGCUGGUGCACUCGCCCGGCGCCGGCCCGGCCCUCAACGGCGUGCGCAAGGACUUCGGUGAGCUCCGCCCGGCGGCCGAGCCCGCCUGCCCGUGCCCGGAGCCGCCCACCGCGCCCGGGAGCCCGGUGCCCGCGGCCGGGGACCUACGCCUGCGCCUGGGCGAGCACGUGCCUGUGGUCCUGGGCCUGCUGCCUCAGGACUACCUCCCGUACACCGUGCCUUUGGACGGCUCCUCCCCGAUGGAGGUCUCGGCCGUCCCGCCGCCCCCGGCCGCCGGGGGCCCCUGCCCCGCCCGCCGCGAUGAGGACGCCGGGCGCCAGGCGCCCGAGCUCUUCGGCGACCCGCCAGCGGGCGGCCUGCUGGCGGGCCCCGUGGCGGGGGUGCUGCCGAGCCCGCGGGCGGGCCCCGACGACGGGCCCCCCCUCUCCCCGCUGCUACCUCCGCUGCAGACCGACCCGAGCCAAAGGACCUUCUCCGGGCUGGCUGGCCCGGAUGCCCACGCGGCCGACAGCGUGCGCUGCCACUUGAAUUUCGACCCCACCUCGGCGCCCGGGGUCGCCAGGGUGUACGACUCGGUGCAGAGCAGCGGGCCCCUGGCGGUGACCAGCCUGACGGAGGAGCUCAAGAAGCUGGCCCGGCAGGGCUGGUACUGGGGGCCCAUCACGCGCUGGGAGGCGGAGGGCAAGCUGGCCAACGUGCCCGACGGCUCCUUCCUGGUGCGGGACAGCUCGGACGACCGCUACCUGCUCAGCCUGAGCUUCCGCUCGCACGGCAAGACCCUGCACACCCGGAUCGAGCACUCGAACGGCCGGUUCAGCUUCUACGAGCAGCCGGACGUGGAGGGGCACACGUCCAUCGUGGACCUCAUCGAGCACUCCAUCAGGGACUCGGAGAACGGCGCCUUCUGCUACUCGCGCUCGCGGCUGCCGGGCUCCGCCACCUACCCCGUGCGGCUCACCAACCCGGUGUCGCGCUUCAUGCAGGUGCGCUCGCUGCAGUACCUGUGCCGCUUCGUCAUCCGCCAGUACACCCGGAUAGACCUGAUCCAGAAGCUGCCCCUGCCCAACAAAAUGAAGGAUUACCUACAGGAGAAGCACUACUGACAGGACCGCAGCCCGGCAUCGUGCACUUUGGGAGUGAGAGAGAGAGAGACUGAGAUACAGUUUACAGACUCUUCAUCGCCAUCAGAAUCUUUUGCUGCCAUACUCUUUAUUUCAGUUUUAUGUGUAAAAGAGUGUCCAGUCCGUUUAGGGGUGGGGAACCGUCCGCGAGGUGUCUUGGGUUCAUUUUCGUUCUUUACAAAGGGAAGUCUGGAGGUUUGAGGAGGUGUGAAGUCUCUUCCAUCAGCGCGCAGAAUAAUCACAAUGUGAAUGAUCAGAUUCUCCUUACCCACCCACCCCCAGUCCUUUGCUGCUAUCCACUGUGAUUUUAUGCAUUAAAAGCACAUUUCAUGUGUAUCCAAUCCUGAGUAAAGUUGAAUGAAACUUGCAGAAUGAACCUGUUAUGUCUCUCUUUCAAUGGCCCAUCUUCAAAGAUAGUGUUGAGUCAGCAUAGCCGUGUGAUUCAUCACAAGAGUUUACACCUACAGCGAAAAUGAUUUUUAAUUUCAUGCUCUACAAAGGUUUAUUUAGAAUUGUGAACUGACAUCACCUUGGGUAAUAGAAUGCAGGUCUGCGACAUAUCUUUCUGCCACAUUCGUUUCUAAACGAUGUUUGAGGUUGUGCUGUCUUUUGGUUCUUAGAAGCUGGAUGUUUCUGUUGCCUUCGUUUUCAUCUUGUGGUUCGUCUGUUUUUAAUAAAUGGCCUUACAUUAAAAAGUUGUAAAGAAAUGUAUACCACCAAUUUAAAAAUUGUUGCCUUUUCUGUCAUUAAACUCUGGUACAAAUUGGCUUAAUGUAUAAAGACCUAUGGAACUAGAACUAUUAAAGAAAUUAUUAGAUGAUCUUAGUUUCCUGUGAUAAGCAAUUUUUUGUUGUCUAUACUUUCCUCUGGUAAAAUGUUUUAUCUGUGAUUUCUUUAGCUUAGACAACAUUUUCUUGGGUGAACUUGAUGUCGAAAUGCUUUUCAUGAAUGGACUAGAUCCUCUUGCAACGUUUAAAGUCUAUAUAAAGUUUUAAAUUGAUCUGACUAGAAAGAAAAUGUUUUAAAGUUGGGUUUAUAUUUUUCUUUAAUGUCGUCACCAUUAAAAUGUGCUAGAUUUAACACUUCCUUCCCCCACCAAAAAAACAAGCAACAAAACCAAAAAAAUCCCAGUGACUUUAGUUGAAAAAUUGUGGAAAUUGUGGCGCACUGUGUAACAGAAAUGUUAACACUGAGUCAGGUGUGUGCAUUUACCUACCAUAUAUACUGCCAUUACCAAUAGGGUUUCUGUUUUUAAUUUAGCUAAGUCUUAAGUAAAUUAGCAUCAUUAGUUUUUUCAUCUCUUUUGAUUCAGCCCUUGCGGGGUGGGGGUAGUAUGUUAUAGCCAAUACUUUUUAGUUAUUUUGAAAUGCAGUGCCUGUUUACUGCAGAUUCUUUAGUGUUUUGAAAUUGCUCCAUCCAGAAGAUGUUUCUAGCUACAUAAUUUUAAAGGAAAUGUUUCCCCUUCCAAUGAAACAUGUAAUUUAAGACAUUUCUUCCUUUUCCUAUCUCUUAACCCCAUUUAAAAAAAAAACAAAACAGAGUAAAGGUCUUAGGUCAAAUUUAAUAACUUUGUCAUUCAGACAUAUCAGUAUCCCCAUUUUUUUUUCUGUUUUUGUUUUUUUUUUUUAGAGUCAACUGAGGAUUACCAAGAAAAGGCCCAGUGUAUUAAUACCUGUGUUAUGGUAUUUUGACUUAAAGGGGAAAAGGUACUUAAUUUUGGUGGAAUGUUUGAUUGUACCUUGUUGCAAAGACUCCUCAUUCAUUUUCUGAUAUGUUUUCACCUAAUAAGAUGGAAUAUGGAGUAUACUGUAAUAAUAUAAUUUAAGUGUUCAUUAUAAGCUAUUUGGAUUAAGAAUUAUUACAGAGUUGUAAACUUGUUAUCAAAUUAAUGCAAGACAUUUAAACUAUUUUUUUGCAAAACUAUUUAUUUUUAAACAAUUUAAAGUAUAUCUAGGGUGAGUUAAAAGUCCCUGUGCAUCUAUAUUAGAUGGCAGGCAUUGUCACAGAGUCACUGUGUGUUAAUAAUAAGUGUUGAGAUGGCUUCUCCGUGUUUCUAGAAGCAUUGACAUGUACUCUUUGUGAGACCGUGGUGCACAGAGGUCUUUGGACUGCCCUGAACCCCGUCUUGUGUGGGCGUAGCCUGUUCCCCACGCCUUCCUCAUGAUAACCAUGUGUUUAAGAUCGAGCCAUUUGGUUUCAAGUUAAGAUCAUCCUGAUUUCCAUAUAAAUGUCUUAAAAAUUGUAUUUUGUGUUUUUAUGGAGGGCAAGUCUUGAUACUGUUCUAAUUCAGAAAGCCAAUUCGUAGUAUGCUUUUGUAUGUUCAUAAUAUAAAAUACCUUUAAGUAAAAUGCCCUAUUCUAAUCCAAUUUCAGAUUGCUAGGGUCUGAUAGUGUAUCAAUAAAAAUAAAAGUGUUUGCCAAGAAAUCAUUUACAAACAGAAAGGAAUAUUGCAAAUUAUUUUGCUUUUGUUUAGAGAGAACCAUUUGGCUGAGGCAGCACAACAUAAUGUGAACAAUUGGCUUUAUAGGCUAGUAAAAUGGUCUGGUUAAAAAUGGAAAGGGGAAAAAGAGAAGUCUUCACCCUGUAGUUUUUUUGCAGGUAGCAUUUGGGUGAAUUUCUGGAUUCCGUAGAAUGGUGGCUUAGAUGACAUGGGUGCUGCUUAUAAGUGAUUUCUUAAAUGUUUGCUUCUGAAAAUCUGAGCUCAAGGCAAGAGAAACACAGGAAAGCUGUAUCCUUCUGCCGUACGAAAUGAAUCAGAGUUGCUUUUUAUCAAAUAUUACAUCCCAGAGACAUGAUGGAAGCCAGAAGCUAUUUCCAGGCUUACUAGGACACUAUUGUGCUUUUUUUUUUUUAACAAAUAAUAAGAAAGCAUAGAAAGUACUUGAAAAAGUCUCCUUUCUCUUCCUAAGGAAAACUGUGCCCCAUUUUGGUGCAAUAAUUUGAAAAUUUUAGAAGGUCAAAAAAUGUCACAGGAAACGAUCAUAGAAUUUAAAAGAGUUUUUAAGGAAACCAGCUACACAGGGCAACCAUCUUGCUGUUAAAAGAAGUCGUGCCAAAAGGCUAAACCAUUGGAAUAUAGGAAAUAAAACCCAAGUACAAUAUACAUGAUAAUUUCUGAGCCAGUAUUACCAAAACAGGAUAAAAUUUACUGAAAUCUUCAGUAGGUUAUAUUCAGUGUCCCUGCUAGUGCUACCAGCCUGAAUCUCUUUCUUAACAAUGCUUUCAGGAUGCCAAUUUUGAUCAUUGUACAGUUCACAUUGUAUAUGAGAGAGAUUUGCUUUAUGAAUGAUUCAAAAUAAUCCGUUUUAAAUCUUCAUGGCUUUUCAUCCAAUGUGAAGUCUUAAUUUGAAAUCACACUACCAGCAAUAGACAGUUUCGUUGAAAACUCUAAUAAGGAACACUUGCCAGUUCCAUAAAUAACUUUAAAAUUCUAAAACAAAGUGUUGGUACGCUAGUAAUCACAAAUUCGGUUUCUUUUAAUACUUUUUUAAUCCUGUAAAGAAGAUUUUUUAUAAACAUCCUUUUUAUUAAUCAGUCAUAACAUGGCGAAUGUGUAGUUGCUGUUUCUGAAAAGUGAUCCAACCUCUACUUCCAGAGAUGAUGAAAAAUUCUUAUAGAAUUUUGUAAUAAGUAUACAUGUUGGGUUAAAGAAGUUUUAUAGUUGUCGGAGUGCCAUGGAAUUAAUACUUGCAAUCCAGAUUGCUGUAGUUUACACUUUUUCUGUAUGUUUCGAAUCAGGUGUGUACCAUUUGUACUGAGAACACCACAGAAUGAAUUAUCCAAAGUCCAUUGAUUUUAAUACGUGUUUUGGUUUGUAAACAAACUAUAGUAAUUUCUUGCACAUUUUUGGAGAUUAAUCGUAUAAAGAAUUUAUGUAUCUGCUUCUAGAUACAAUGUGUAAAUAAAAAUUUCGUUCACAAGA